AUUGGCUUUUCAAACACAUUGUUAAAUAACUCAAAACGAUAAAUUCAAGGAUGUCAGAACUGGAUAUUGUACAUCGUGCAUUUUGGAGAAAAUAUUAUACUGUCAGAGUAGUGACGGUUUUCAUUGGAGGCUUCUCGUCAGUGAUUGGUAUAUGGGCCGCAUGCUUGUUCCUCACCGCGAAAGGUUCCCACAAGCAAAGCGUAAAGAUCUUCUGGACAUGUAGCUCAAUUACAUAUUCCUUGUCUUCACUGCUGCUCGUUGUUGGCGCUCUGAACAAUCGUCGGUACUUGUUUGUGCCCUGGGUAAUGCUCAUCCUGAUGGGAAUCGCCGCGUAUACAAUGGUUCUUGACUGGAUAGUCCCAGUUAUUAUGUUGGCCCUACUACUGUCAGUGCUAAUCAAUUUUAUAUUCCUUGGAACUGUGAUCUAUCAGUACAGAGCGCUAAGUCGUCUGAAUAUUUUUCAAUAAACAUGCAUCCUUAAAAUAAA